AUGUCUUGUUGAUGGGGAUGUCGGCGACCAUGGGCGAUUCAGCCAGCAUUCCCGGUGUCUUUUUUGCCGAUUUUGGUCCUGCCCCGCCUGAGAUUACUCCAGAAGGAUAUCAUGAGGUCGAACUAAACAAAACGAAAUGGGUCUUACCUCAAUGGUACAACAGUUUGAAGCCUCUAGGAGAAGGAGCGUAUGGAGUUGUAUGCACAGCAGAAUAUGAGCCAACUGGAGAUCGAGUUGCAAUUAAAAAGUUCUUUCGCCCAUUUCAAAGUACAAUUCACGCAAAACGAACCUAUCGGGAACUGAAACUUCUAAGAACUCUACAACAUGAUAAUGUAUUGGAAAUGAUUGAUGUAUUCACACCAGAUCCAGAUGCAUCUUCUUUGAAUAAUGUAUAUUUCGUAUCCGUUCUGAUGGGCUCCGAUUUACAAAAUAUUAUGAAAAUCCAACGACUGACCGAUGAACAAAUCCAACUGCUUAUCUAUCAAGUGUUACGUGGGCUCAAGUAUAUCCAUUCGGCAGGGAUUAUCCAUCGCGAUUUAAAACCAUCGAAUAUUGCUGUCAAUGAGAGAUGCGAAGUCAAGAUUCUCGAUUUUGGAUUGGCUCGUGCUCAAGACGCCGAAAUGACUGGAUACGUGGCAACAAGAUGGUACAGAGCUCCAGAGAUUAUGCUCAAUUGGAUGCAUUAUACACAGACUGUUGAUGUUUGGUCAGUUGGAUGUAUUCUUGCGGAACUGGUAUCCGGGAGACCAUUGUUUCCAGGCGAUGAUCAUAUUGAUCAGCUAACAAAGAUAAUGUCAGUUGUGGGUACCCCAAAAGAAGAAUUCUGGUCCAAAAUUCAAUCAGAAGAAGCUCGAAAUUAUAUUAAAAAUCGUUCUCCAAUUAUCCGUCAGGACUUCGUUACAUUGUUUCCAAUGGCUUCUCCAUAUGCUCUCGAACUUCUCGAAAUGAUGCUAAUUUUGGAUCCGGACAGAAGAAUUUCUGUAUCAAGUGCUCUUCGUCAUGACUAUCUUCGUGAAUACUCUGUGCCAAAUGAUGAACCAGUUGCAAUGGAUACGGUAAUAAAUAGCAUAGUCACAAUUGAUCCAGCUGAAGAACGAGCAACAACGUUAUCCGACUGGCGAGAGUUAAUUUGGAAUGAGAUUCGAUUAUUCCAAAACUCGGCACGAAGACUAAGUUUUGUAAGCUGUACGGAUACGGAAGAAGAGCCAAUGAAAAUAUGAAGUCAAAUGUGUUCAAGUGCUAAAAUAUCUCAAAACUGUGGAAUUUUCUUUUUUCUAUAUUGUAUCUCCCUAAACUAUUUAUUUCACUAAAAAUCAAAUUUGUGUCCCUAAUUCCUUGAUCUCUAAUUAUCCAACAAUCGAUCUCAGAUGUUCUUUUCCACAAAAUCUCAAUUUUUUCCUUUGAAACCAUAGACUUGUGAUUUACCUUAACUUUCUCGUUAAUCCUAUAAGUUGCCAUGACCUCAGAGCCUCUUUUAAUUUAUUAUUCAUUUAGAUUCAUUUAUCAAAUUGAAGUGUAUAAAGAAUUAAUGUAAAUA